UGGCAGCUCCUCACACGGAAGAGUCGGCAGCACCAUGGAGCUCUCAGCGGGCUGCAGACGCUCAUCCCCCGGCUCUCUGCGGCGCUCUGACCGCCUCACACAUGUCUUCACCUGUCUGCUGACCGGAUCGUGUCCGAGACAGACUCCUGCAGAUGUGGCUGGUGUGAUAUUUUCCGGGGUUUGUGGACAUGUCCCCGGUGAGGACAGAGAGUGUGCUCCUGUCAGCAGCGCGGAGCUGAGCUGCAUCGGUUUGACUGUGGUGGAGCGGAUCUCCUCAGACCUGACCUCCUGCAGCCUGACUCCCGAGCUCAGUGUGUACUGGGAGGAGAUCCUGACGGAGUUUCAGCACAUGGAGCUCAUGGCACAACUUAUCCAGCAGUUCCAGUCUGAGGACCAGAUUAUCUCACAUCUGGCUGCAAAGAGUGCAUCAUCGCUUGUUUUCUCACUCCUCAAAUCUGGUGCAGUGAGUCCUGUGUGGCAGCAGAAGUGUGUGCAGACGUUCUGCAGAUCAGCUCCCGGUCCUGAACUGGAUGCCUGUCUGUGGUCUCUGACUGAAGUCCUAAAAAGACUUCUUAAAGGAGCUCAUCAAGACAUCUUUGGGAAACUUCUGGCAGCUUUAGACUCCAGCGUCAGCGUUUUAUGUUCAAAGUUUCUCCCCAAAGACAGAGCGGAGAUGAUGCAGUAUUUGGAUGUUUCCAGCAGCGGACUCUGGGGAGCAACAAUCUGCCUCCUGCUGGACCUGCUGGAGGUUCUGACUGCGUCCAGUUUGACAUGCGGUGCUGGAGUCUGUCUGAAGAGUCAGAGAAUCACACACGUUCACUCCUCAGCGCUCCUCACGACGAUCAGCUGCUGCUCGCAGUAUUUUGUCAAAAAGCGAGCGCUGCUGCUUCUGAAGAGAGCCGCGCUGCAGAAGGCUGGAGAGGAGUGGGCUUUAGGUGAGCCGCCGUCCGCUGGGACAAAACACGACGACUUUGACUCUGAUAUGAGCCUGCUGGCUCGGAGCGUGCUCACAGCGGCGAGGAUGAACUGGUUACAGAGUGUGCAGGUGGAGCCGGCGUCUUUCUUUGGGGGGACGAGACGCGUCAGAGGGGAUGAAGGUCAGAAACCGGACUGUGUGAUGCUGAGGGCCGUCAGCCUGCUUCUCCUCAAGUCCAUGGAGCUUCACGUCCAAACAGCUGCAGGGACAGGAGUGGACGGUGCUACAGAGGUUUCUGGGUAUCUGCAGAGUCUGUGGGACUUCCUGAGGCAGUGCAGCGUCCAGCUGACGGAGGUCGCUCACCGCUGCUGCUGGAUCAGUGUGCUGUUUGGAGAACAGGACGACGACAUGAUGGAGGCAGCCAAAGCUUGUUUGUCCAUAUUCCUCCAUCACAGACGGUGUUCAGGGUUUGAGGACUCUGCCGUGUUGAAGGCGGCGUGCGCCUCUGGCUGCAACCCUCACUGCCACUUCCUGCUGCUGCUUCAGAGCAUCUCCUUCGACCACAGCAUCCUCCUCGACUUCCUCAUCUCCACGGAAACCUGCUUCCUCGAGUACUUUGUUCGGUACCUCAAGUGCCUCACAGCUGACUGGCCGGGCUUCACUGCAGCGUGUGGAAGAACCGGCUCGCCUGGCUGUCGAAUUUCACCGCAGAUGUCACUCGCUGCCUCAUGCAGCGGUGAUAAUUUAAAGGGGACAGACGGGGUUGAAUUCAGCUCCUGUGAUCAGCCUUCAGGUGUUAUUUCAGAAGCAGGAAAGAUCAAUUCGGCUGCUGGGUUUCACCUUGUAGAUUAUGAUAGUUCUGACGAGUCUGAUCCAGAAAGCAUGGAGGUUUCUCAGAAUGAAGCUUUGGAUGAGAAACAGGAGAUGAGUGGACCACCAGCAGCUCUCAGGCGUGAGUCAUCAGACUCAACGGGAUUACCGAGUGAACCUAAAUCCACACUGGAAAGAGGACUCAAAGAUCCAUCACUGCAGGUGAUGCAGACCGGGCAAACGUUGCGUUCAGGUCCACAGGUGACCUGCAGAACGUUAACCAGAGCGGUUCUCUGUAUGUCAGCGCUCAGAGACGUGGUGACGAGGCUGCAGACCAAGAAACUCUUCCCGUACAACCCGUCUUCACUCUUAAAGCUCUUAGCACAAGUGGAAAACUGUUUCUAGCUAUCA